AUGUCAAAUAUGGCGAAGAAAUUGAGUCUCACGUCUACUCGAAAAAUCCUUUCAGGAUAUGAAAUCCCAGUACUAGGAUACGGACUGUACCAAGUGGCAGGUGCAAUCGCUGAAGACGUCACCGACAAGGCUCUAAAGGCCGGAUAUCGCCAUAUCGACUCAGCUGCUGUGUAUGCAAAUGAGAGGGAAUGUAUCUCUGCGGUGGAAGGGUCUGAAUUGAGCCGGUCAGACGUCUUCAUAACCACAAAGGUCCUACCGGACGCUGUUGGUUAUGAAGCAGCCAAAAGAUCAAUCGAUGACAGUCUGAAGAAAGUAAAGACCAAUUAUUUUGACUUGAUUCUUCUUCAUGCGCCCUUUGGAGGUAAGGAUGGUCGCCUCGGUGCCUGGCGUGCUUUGGUCGAAUCCCAGAAAGCUGGCAAGGCCCGAUCAAUCGGCGUUUCCAACUUUGGCUUGCACCAUCUCAAAGAGCUUGAAGAAUACAUUCAGAGGACAGGAGAGGGUAGAAUCGAAGUCGGCCAGUAUGAGCUGCAUCCUUGGCUUGGGCGCGCGGAGUUGGUCGACUGGUUGCGCGAACGUGAUGUGCUCAUCGAGGCAUACUCCCCUCUUGCGAGAGGAACUCGCAUGGAUGAACCCAUUCUAUGGGCGAUAAGCAAGAAACAUGGGAAGAAUCCAGCUCAAGUUUUGAUUCGCUGGAGCCUUCAGAAGGGUUUUGUGCCGCUGCCAAAAUCUGCUACCCCGAAGCGCAUCCAAGAGAAUGCGGAUGUGUUUGAUUUUGAGCUAGACGAGGACGACAUGAAAGCAUUGCAUACCGACGAUUAUACACCUUCCACUUGGGAUCCUACUGUACAGAAAGAUUAG